AUGUCUCGCCCAGGCACCACCCUUUAUGUCACCGGUUUCGGGCAUGGAACCCGGGCUCGCGAUCUCGCAUACGAAUUCGAACGAUAUGGACGCCUCGUUCGGUGCGAUAUCCCAGCACCGCGUACUCCGUCUAGCAGACUUUUUGCUUUCGUCGAGUACGAGAGCCGCCGUGAUGCGGACGAUGCAUAUCACGAGAUGCACAAUAAGCGGAUCGGCCGCGAUGAUCUGCUCAAGAUAGAGUGGGCCCGUACUCCUCCGUCUGCCUCCUGGCGCUUUGAAUCCGGACGUGACCGACGUCGUGACCGUACUCCCCCUCGUCGAGGUCGCUCUCCAUCUCCUCGUCGUAGUCGAGGUGAUUAUUCCCCUCGCAAGGAUGAAAGAUACGAGAGAGACUAUGACCGACAUGACCGGGACUAUGACCAACGCUCUCGUGACCGUUCGCGAAGCCCUGAUGAAAGGGACCGUGAUGUCAAGGAGGACAGAGAACGUCGUGAUGACGAGAGAGAGCGCCGUGAAGAAGAUCGCGAAAACGGCCCGAACGGUGAAGACAGGAAAGCACCCCUGGACCCUCUGACUUCGGCUCAUGACGAGCUAGAUACUGCCGAGUAG